UCUCCUGCUUGCCAAGAAGUGAUUCCUUGAAAUCGUAAGCGUUCACCGCAUCGUGCAUUUAAUCAGUGGUAUCAUUAAUGCAUCAUUAAAAUACUAGCAUGCAGGACUCAUCGCCUCGCCUUAAGUGUCAAGCGUUCAAGGGGAGGCAACGCACCUGCACAAGGUCACUGAAAGCGAGUUUAUUGUUUCUGCCUAUAAAUAAUACGCUAAGGGACGACAAAAUAUUCCAAGGAGAGUGAUGUGUGACAGUGAAAACUAUGAAGAUUGUUUAUUUUGUUUUUUAUAUACCCAGAGUUAAGCUUGUACAUUUUUUUUGCAAUCACACAAUAAUUGAUUUUAAUAUUUCUCCUGACAUCUCACUCAAAGAAAGCCACUAAAUAUAGCAUUAUACUUUACCUUGAAUCAACGUCUUCUCGUUAGCUCUGCAGGCGAGGUGUCUGAAGUGGGGACUCCUCCCAUCUAGCAGCAAUUUGCUCGCGAAAAUGAUUUAGUAAUAUAACUGAGGAGAGCCGCAACUGUUGGGUGCUCGCGUUGACUCAACGGUGAAGCAACUCAAGCAAAAGAGAUGGGUCAAAAGACGAACCUUCCCUUAUUGGGAGUGUUGAUUUUAUUCUGCUUCAUUCACUUUUGCUGCGGCCUCAACUUCGGCCUAUUUUCCUCCACCCUGACGCGGUACCAGCGGCUUCUGCAAAAUCCUGAGGGGCUGUCAUACGAUAUGCCCACUAACUUGCUCAGCGCCGAGUACGACUUCAUCGUGAUCGGUGCCGGUGCCGCCGGCGCGGUGGUUGCGAACCGGCUCACUGAGGUGCCGGGUUGGAAGGUGCUUCUGCUCGAGGCGGGCAAGGACGAGAUCUUGCUCACCGACAUGCCCGUCUUUGCUGCCCACUUUCAGCUGACGGACUUCAACUGGGGCUACAGGGCGCAGCCACAGGACGGGGCGUGCUUGGGGCUGAAGGACAAACGGUGCCCGUGGCCCCGCGGCAAAGGCAUGGGAGGCUCCAGCAUUCUUAACUACAUGAUAUACACGAGAGGCCACCGAGGUGAUUACGAUGGAUGGGAACAGAUGGGCAACCCUGGAUGGGGCUGGAAGGACGUCUUCAAGUAUUUCCUCAAGUCGGAAAAUGCCAAGGAUGACCUCGUGGACUCGCAGUUUCAUUCUACUGGCGGCUAUAUGGACGUUGAACGCGUCAGACACAGAACACCCCUGGUUGACGCGUUCAUGGACAGUGCUGCUGAGUUGGGCUACAAUUCGGUGGACUACAACUCGGGAGACCUGCUCGGGUUUUCGCGCCUACAAGUAAAUCAACGCCGCGGAAUGCGGUGCAGCGCCAACAAGGCUUUCAUCCGUCCCAUCCGUCACCGCAGCAACCUGCACGUCGCUAAAGAGGCCUUCGUGAGCCGAAUCCUGAUCGACCCGAACACCAAGAGAGCGAUGGGCGUCGAAUUCCUCAGAAAUAAUCGCUGGUACUCGGUCAGAGCACGCAAGGAAAUUAUUCUCUCCGCAGGUGCCGUUAAUUCUGCCAAAAUCCUAAUGCUGUCGGGAGUUGGUCCCAGGGUGCACCUCGAGUCCCUCGGCAUCCCUGUGCUUGUUGACGCGCCUGGAGUUGGGCAGAAUCUGCAGGACCACGCUUCCACCUGUGCAGCCCUUUACACUGUAAACGACACGGUGUCCCUAAAAGAGGAACGGAUUGCUCAGGUAGGCCCAUUCCUCGACUGGGUUACCAACGGCAACGGUCCCAUCACCAUUGCUGGCGGAGUCGAGGCAUUGGGCUACAUAAGGACGCCCAACGCCGUCACCGCGCCGGACUAUCCUGACAUUGAACUGAUGUUCAUCUCGUCGUCAUUAAACGCGGACCCUGGCACCGUUGUCAGACAGGGACUAGGCGUCACCGAUGACAUUUUCAACAGCGUUUACAAACCGAUUCUCAACAGGGACGCGUGGACCAUCUGGCCCAUGCAGAUGAAGCCGAACAGCAGAGGUUAUGUCAAGCUGAAAAGCCGGAAUCCCCUCUCCUGGCCCUUGAUGUACGCCAACUACUUCGAAGAUCCUCAGGACUUGGAGAUUAUUGUGCACGGCAUUAAAUUCGCCAUAGAAAUGAGCAAAACACAGGCUUUCCAAAAAUUCAACAGCACUUUGCACCCGAUCCCAGUCCCAGGUUGCGCGAAUCACGAGUUUGGAAGCGACGACUAUUGGCGGUGUGCCGUGCGCCACCUGACCACCACGCUGAAUCACCAAUGUGGCACUGCAAAAAUGGGGCCGUCUACCGACCCUGACGCAGUUGUCGACGCAGAACUCAGGGUCUACGGAGUCAAAGGGCUGAGGGUGGCGGAUGCUUCUAUUAUACCCAGAAUCACGGCAGCGCACACAAACGCUGUUUGCAAUAUGAUUGGGGAAAAGGUGGCUGACAUGAUAAAAAGUGCUUAUGGAAAAUGAGUAUUAAAUACUCAUUUUUGAGACUGAACUUAAAAGUUUGGUUUAAUGUCCGCUAUUCAGAGUUUACAAUUAAAAUAGCUGGCUCCUCGUGAUAUUUUACGCCCUUACUGCUUUGAGCAAGAUAUUAUAUCGAUUUGUUGAUUGUCAAAAAGUCACUUAUAAUUUAUUCAGCUAGAAUUAUUUUGAGGGUUAAUAAAGAUCAUCUUUUAAGAUAUUGUGUCAUA